UACUGUCUGUUUUAGGUCUACAGUUUUACUGUAAAUUUGUUGGUUUUUUCAUUUUUCUUGUCUUACUUUUUUUUGUUAAAAACACCUUUUUGUUAAAAAUUUUUAUUUAAAAUCCAUAUUUCACUUUGGUUAAGUAUUAAUGAUGAUGAAUGAUGAAAUUAUACAUAAUCAAGGUGUAGAAGCUAGUGAUUUUCCUUCAGCGAUACCUUCAAUAGAAGUGAAUGGUAAGUCAGAUGACGAAAUGAUCGAGGAAACUCAAGACGAUCGUGAAGGAUGUCGAUCCUUAAUUUGUGACUCUAAUGGUAUAAUUGUUGCUGAGAUGGUUUACCGUUGUAUGAUCUGUGCAAAUGUGGUUGAAUCUAUUGCUGAGGCUCAAAAACAUUAUCGCAUAAAACAUAUCGGAGAAGAAAUUGCUGAACCUUCAUCAUUAUCAUCAGCCUCUGCAUCCACUACAACAACAACACUAUCACCACCCAAUAAGGAAGGUUCAAAGGUAUCUGCUCCUUUAGCCUUAACGAUGAACGGUGAUGGUAAUCAAUCGGACGAAGCUGAGGAUUAUUCUUUUACAUCGCAAGAAUUGCCUUUUCUAUUUAACCAUAAUAACAUUAACAAUUACGACUAUACCUCUGGUUUUAUUGGAAAUUUUGAUGAUCUUGAUCCAACCCAAUUUUUGUCUCAAACCUUUCAAACUGAACCUACCUCCAAAAAAUCAAAGACUGAAUCUAAUGGAACUAGCUCAUCCAGAGGAGGUUAUGUUACAUGUGCCGUCUGUAAUAUUACCAAAUUUUACGCCAGCGUCCAACGAAGAUAUGGACAGUUUACCUGUAUGGGCUGUGCCAAAUUUUUUGGUCGUUUCCUCAUGAAGCCUCGUCGCUAUUAUUGUCCUAACUUGGGUACUUGUCCAUUGGCCCAAUCUCCUAGGUGCAAAGCAUGCCUUUUACAAGCUUGCAUCCGAACAUAUGUUAUUGACGAUAAAAGAAUGAAAAUAGUUAACGCUAAUAAGCCAUUGAAACGCAUGGGUCCUGGAGGAGGGUCUUUACCUUCAGAUUCUCAGGAAUCUCCACCACCAGCUACAGCUCUUAGAACAUCUAAAGAAGCCAAUAAGAAAGAAUCUUCAUUAUUGGCCAGUCCAAAUCUAAAUGAGGUCUCUGAUGGCAAGAGUAAGUCAUCACCUCUUAGUAAAGACGAUAAAUUGAAUUCACCGACUGUGAUGAAGGGGAAUAACAGUGUAAUCAACAAUACCAAUGGCAAUCGCAAUUCACCUAAAGGUUCAGUUGACUCAACUGCGUCUGUAUCAUCGACGCCGACCCCAAAGAAAUCAAAUGCUUCUAAUGGGACCAAUCCAGGACGUAAAGUAGCUGGAUGCCGAGCAUGUAGUGGCUGCUUGGCUGAGGAUUGUGGAAAAUGUCAUUAUUGUCUAGAUAAACCUAAAUUUGGUGGAGGAAACACACUGAAGAAGAAGUGUAUUGCUAAAAGAUGCCUCAUGCAGGGUUACAAAAUUAAACCAAGUGAUAACUUGAAGAAAAUUAAGAUAUCUCGGAAAUGAUGAGUUGAUUUAGUUAAACCUGAAACUCAAAAUUUUCUGUUUAUUCUUAUUUUCUUCAAGUAUUCAUGAAAGUCAAUUAUUAGCUAACAACAACCAAAAAGCAACAUCCAAAAAUGGUUAAUUGUUGAUCUAAUAGGAAUACUUCGCAAGAUAGAACCUAACUAAUUUAUAAAUAUCCACAUGCAUAAAAUUAUAUGUAUAUAUAUAUUUACAUGGUUCAUGAAUUCUAUCCUUUAUCAAUUUAUAGUCGAAAAGUCAAGUCAAGUCAAGUAAAGUCAAGUCAUGGGUAUGAAAGGGAAACGAUUACACAUUAACGUCAUAAAGCAACAACAAGUUCAACUACGAAAUCUAGAUCUAAAUUAAUGUAAAGCCAAACCAAAAGAUGAGUGGUUAAUUUGUAAUAUAGUGCACUCUCCGCUGUCAUACCCUUUCAAUAUACAAUUAUACCAUAAUGUGUACAAAAGUGUAUAACAUGUGGUCCUCUUAUUGCUCUGCAUGGUAAUCUUGUCAAAUUGUCUCGAGAAAAGUCAAUGAAAAGGUGUUUUUUGCAAUCUUUCCUUUUCUCUUAAAUUAAUUUUUUCUCGAAACAAACGCAAUUAACACAUGAUAAACAAAUUAAAAAAAAAACAAAAUCGCUUUGCUUCAAGCAUUGCUGCCUAUUGUACAUACAACUUUACAUAUAACCAAACCAAUAUACAUAUAAAUAUAUUAACUAAAUUAGUUAUUACUGUUUACAACCAAACAAAAAAAAGAGAAUGACUAAAGAAGAACCUAAAUUUAUUGUUUUGUUACCAAUGAAUAUAAAUUAACCUUUAAAAAAUCAAACAAGUCGAUAACAUCAACUUUACUUGUAAUACCUUUGUACACCUUGAACAACCUACAUUUAACUGUAAUCCCAAUUUAUCCUCGCCAUUUCUCUUUAAUUUUAUCCCCUUUUGUCUCUUCCAACCUGUCUAAAUGCACAUCAAUUCAUCAUGAACAUCAACAUAUUCAUCGACAUCACCAGCAAUUUCAUCAACACAACAACAUAACAACAUGGCCCAACUCAGUGACAACAACUUUAAACAGUGUUUGUGACCAACAUUGUGUUUAACAAGGAAAGGAAGCUGAUUUUCAAUUAAUUCAUCUAAUUGAUUUUCUCUUCACUUUCGUCUCUUCUGGCCAUCUAAAUGCUUACCACCAUUUUCAUGGUAGCGUUAAUGAUCCACUUCUGUAACUGAUUUUUUCCUUCUCACUCUACUUCUCUCUCUCUCCUCUUCCUUAGAUUAUCUUCUUUUUUCCUUUCUUUCUUUCUCUCUUGAAUUUCUGACUUUCUAUCCAAUCUACCUUUCUGUCGCCUCAUUGGAUGUUUUGCCUCUUUAUUUGUACAACUAUUGGAACCUACAAACAAUCAGUCGAUCUUUCGCAUGAUCUAAGUCAAGUUCAAAUGUUUUGAAUCCGAUUCAAACCCUUGCUUGUCUCAAUCAAACUUUUGUUUCCUCUUUUUUAUCUUUUCUGUUUCUAUUCUAAUAUUUGAGUACCAAAUCAUAACUAGUGAAAAAAUACCAUCUAUACCAAUCUUAAAGUAAAUUUAAUUGUUUUUGUUCAAAUUGUUUCUCUUCUAAUGUCGAUAUUAUAACGAUAUCUUACUUUGUUUUUUAUAAGUCAUGUAAAUCAAAUUGUAGAGAAAAACAUUAACAAAUUAUAAAUGCCAAUGGAAAAUGAAUAAAAGGUAAAACAA